CGUUAUUCGAAUCCCACCAUGAAAUUGGUUUUUGGUGGGUUGCCGGGGAUCCCAAUGCACCGUUUUGAUUUAAUGGAUUUUGCUAAGACGUGGCGGGACAAGUGUGUAGCGAGUAUUGGAGAAGAACAUUAAUGGGCGUAGCGUACGUUGCCAUGUUGUAGCUCCAAGAUUUAAGCUUCAUCCACGAGGGUUCUUCUAUGUUCUUGAAUCUUCCUACGUUGAACCGCUAUUAGCAGCAGUUGACUCAGAUGUGCGAACUCGACGUUGAAGAUGAACUGCAGGAGGUAAUUGAGGCUGUAGAAAAGCCUUCAAGGAUUGUGACUGUUGCAAGCAAUACCUACCAGUUUUAUGCAUCACUUACAUCGAGUAUCAGUGCAACCAACAUUAUAAGUACCAUUGAAGAUUUGUUGGUUCAACAAAAUUUAGAUGAUGCUCUGGAGGAGAAGAAGCCCGCAACCAUUGAUGAUGCCAAAUGGGCAUUAUUGCAGAAGAAGGCAGUAAGUGCUAUCCGUCUCGCUAUAGCUCCGGAGAUCAAGUAUAACUACUUGACGGAGUCAGAUCCAAGGAAGUUGUUGGAAAAACUUCAAAGUGUAUACGCAUCAAAAUCAUUGACAAAUAUUCUUUGUCUAAGGUGGGAGUUGUACCAACUACGAAUGGAAAGUGGUACACUUUUGCAGGAGCAUAUCAACAUUUUUAAUCAACUAGUAUGCCAAUUGAAAAAUGCUGAUGAAAAGAUAUCAGACCAAGAGCAAGCUCUACUGCUGUUAGCAUCACUCCCAAAGACAUACCGACCUAUUGUACAGACUCUUCUUGUCGGAAGGACAAAGAUUAGUCUAGAUGAGGCAAUGGCGGUUUUAAGAGAGAAUGAGAGGAUGAUGUCACGAGAUGAUCUUCGUUCAUCAGAUGACGGUAAAGCGCUGGUUGUGCUUGGUGCAGAGAGAGGGAGGAACCAAGAGAGAAAAAGAGAUGUCCCUAGAGAAAGAUCCAAAUCUAGGCCUAGUAAAGAUUUCAGUAAUGUCGAGUGUUACUAUUGUGGUGAAAGGGGACAUAUUCAAAGUCGUUGCGAGAUGAUGAGAGAUGACUUGAAAGCUUUUCGAAGGGCCCAAGAGACAAAGGGAAAGGCGAAGAAAGAUGGCGAGGGUUCUUCAAAUGUGGUGAUAAAUGGUGACAGCGAUGAUGGUGAUUUGUUCUUGGCAAGUCAAGAUGACUUGAAGAAAGGCCGAGAAAAAUGGGUGUUGGACUCAGCAGCAUCCGUUCAUAUAUGUAAGGAAGAAUCUAGUUUUGACAAACUUUGUCAAGACGGAGAAUACGGGCACAUCAACAUGGGAGGAGGGCAAAAGAUGCAUGUAAAGGGUAUGGGCACGGUCAAGUUAAAGCUUCAUAGCGGUGUCACUAGAACAUUUUACAACGUGAGGUACGUAGGUACUAGAAAGUUGUGCAAAGUGUACCGUGGUGCAAACCUUGUGUUAGAGGGAAAGAAAGCAGAGAACAAUCUUUGUUAUGUUGAGGGUGCAUGGACUAAAAAAUGCAUGAUCGCAAAAAAGGUCCAUUUCUUAGACGAGGUUGAAGUAUUUGGCCAAUUGGGUUGAGGGUGGAUUUGUUAGGCUAGCAUCCAUCCAUCUUCUCUGCCCUCGUUGCCCUCCAGGAUAGUUCCUUAUUCAUCAUUCACGUUACCUACGUGUAGCAAAUAGGAAAAAUGGCUACACACUCAGCAUUGAAGCUAAGUGAGAACUAUCUAACGUUUUGACUACGCACAUAGACGAACCCACUAGCUCAUAACUUCAUACAAUAUCAUGCACACAAGUAUACAGUAUAAUAUCACAUAACAGUCAUUAAAUAAAUUCACAAGUCACAAAUCAUUACCUUAUUUCCUCUUUGUCUUUAACUCAUAACUUAAGUGCCAAGCCAAAACGAUACUUCCUUAUUUACAACCUUAUGUUCGGACUUAGAGCCACUACCUACGGCCAUGACUCAAGUCUACAUUAUGACACAACACAACCUGAUGACCAACGAAGGAGUUCUCCGCUGGGUGGGUGGUACCCCUGUCCCCUUCAGAACGACAAUUCUUGGAUCCCGUACGUACGUUUUAACACGCGGCCGUCGGAUAUCAGAUCCGCAGGGCUGAUCCUACCUAUUGACAUCUAUGCUUACAAUCUUACUAAAGCGCCCCUAGAUUU